AUGCAAGAUGACCACUCAAAGACGCAUGACGUUUUCGACGAAUUUUUCGAAGACGGCCCCCUUACUAGCCAGCCAGUUAUAUUCGAUUUUGCUUUUGGUGACCAUAGCCCUGCGGCCGUUUAUAAGAGGAAGAAUAUCCAAGACCUCUUGGAACAAGGAUCAUUUCACCGUGAUCCAUCCCUUCUGGCGCUCAGACGAGUUGUGGACUACUACAGGUGCCACCUAUCCAACGCCACUGUGUCUAUGGGUGUGAUUAAAAGCCCCGUUUACUCUUGGAGCUGGGCGCAGUCCAUAGCCAAGGGGCUUGAUUCUCUAAGUCCACUUGCAAAGCAGCUAGCGCGCGAAGGAAACAAACCCACCACAAUUUAUCCAAGCCUGUUGUCCCGUGAGUACACAUUCGCAGCAAUUCUACAGUUUGAAUCAGGGGAUAUUAGCGUCGACAUUGCUAAGCUAGCGGAUGUGCUGGCAAUAUCUAGUGGCAACUCUCUAUUCAUUGCUAAACAGCUACUCCACGACCCGAUGUCACCAAGGUAUCUCUCUUCGGGUGCCGUCUCACAUACUAUUGGCAAUUUUGGGAAGCUGGGAGUUACGCUAUUGGUUUCUCCUCCGGAGUUAGAGAUCCGUGAACAUGACCUUGAAAGGUGGCAAUUCGUCAACCACAACCUGUUCGAUGGAAAUUCAGCGGGCGGGAUGUUCGAUAGCACCUCUAUUCACUUGUCCUUCACGGGCUGGAAAGGACCUGGCAGCCUUGAAUCGACCAAUUCGCGGGGCAUGGAUGCCUAUUACAUUGAAACAGCUGUCUCUGUCAACGAUAGGGACGAAUGGGUGGGCGAUUUAGAUAUACUAAAGGGAUUGAGGGAUUUAGAAAUUGGGAUCCCUGGUCUUACCGACAAGUGGCUACAUGAUCCCUCCUUUUCUGUUGGCGUGAAAUUAAUUUCCAUCGACUGUUGGGAGGAGAUUCUAGAUCCUCCGACUUCCAUAAUGUCUGAGCAGAAUCUCCAUUUCGAUACUCUGCAGCUUCACGCUGGCCAUGAGCCCGAUUCAACCACGAAUUCACGAGCAGUCCCAAUUUAUGCGACCAGCUCUUACGUUUUCAAUGAUUCCGCCCACGGUGCGAGGCUCUUUGGCCUCAAGGAGUUCGGUAACAUCUACAGCCGAAUCAUGAACCCAACAGUUGAUGUCUUUGAGAAGCGCAUUGCUGCUCUAGAAGGUGGUGUUGCCGCCGUUGCCGCCUCCUCUGGCCAGGCAGCUCAAUUCAUGGCUAUCUCGGCUCUCGCCCAUGCUGGUGACAACAUCAUUGCCACGAGCAACCUGUACGGCGGCACCUACAACCAGUUCAAGGUUAUGCUUCCGCGUCUGGGAAUCAAUACCAAGUUUGUCCAGGGUGAUAAGCCUGAGGAUAUUGCCGCUGCCAUUGAUGACCGCACCAAGGCUAUCUACAUUGAGUCUAUUAGUAACCCCCGCUACAAUGUACCUGACUUUGAGGCCAUUGCGAAGGUUGCACACGAAAAGGGGGUUCCCGUUGUGGUCGACAACACCUUUGGUGCAGGAGGCUACUUCGUUCGCCCAAUUGACCACGGUGCCGAUAUUGUCGUGCACAGUGCUACAAAGUGGAUCGGUGGCCAUGGUACCACCAUUGCUGGAGUCGUGGUUGACAGUGGAAAGUUUGACUGGGGGAAGAACGCGGCCCGAUUCCCCCAAUUCGUCGAUCCAUCCGAGGGUUACCAUGGGUUGAAGUUCUGGGAGACCUUUGGCCCGCUUGCCUAUGCUAUUCGAGUGCGCGUUGAGAUCCUGCGCGACCUUGGUUCUGCCCUGAACCCCUUCGGUGCCCAGCAGUUGAUCCUCGGCCUGGAGACUCUGAGCCUGCGUUGCGAGCGACACGCAACUAACGCCAUUGCCCUGGCCAAAUGGUUGCAGAAGAAUGAGAAUGUGAGCUGGGUGUCAUACCCCGGUCUAGAGGAUCAUCCUAGUCAUGAGAUUGCAAAGAAGUACCUGACCAGAGGCUUCGGUGGUGUGCUGUCUGUGGGCAUCAAGGGCGGCGCUACCGCUGGUGCUCAGGUCGUUGACAACUUCAAGUUGAUUUCGAACCUUGCCAAUGUCGGGGAUUCUAAGACUCUGGCCAUCCACCCUUGGUCCACCACCCAUGAACAGCUCACAGAGCAGGAGCGUCAUGACUCUGGUGUGACUGAGGAUGGAAUCCGUAUUUCGGUUGGCACAGAGUACAUUGGCGAUAUCAUUGCUGACUUUGAGCAGUCAUUCCAGGCAUCAAAGGCUGUGCCGGAUCGUACUGCUUGA